AUGGGUGAUGUUGAUAGUUUUCACAACAAAGCAAGAGAAAAGUGUGAGUUUUUAAUGAGGGAAAAACAAGCUAUUAAUGUAGUCUUAAGGAGGCAAACAGAAUUAGAGAACCAUAAAUAUAAAGCUCGAUUACAUGUUUCUAUUAUUGUUGUUAGACUUUUAUUGAAAAUCGGUUUACCGUUUGGUGGUCAUGACGAGUCGGUUAACUUGGAAAAUAGAGGGCUUUACAUUGAAGUGUUAAAAGCCAUUCGAGAGACUAGUGAAUAUAUUUUCAACAAUACUUUAGAAAGUGCUCCUAAAAACAAUCAACUAAUUUCCCCUAAAAUUCAAAAAGAACUUGUGCAAUUUUUUGCACAAGAAGUACUUUUGAGUACUCGUGAAGAUAUUGGUCAAGAUGUUUUUGCUUUACUAGUUGAUGAAUCUAGUGAUGUUUCAAAAAAGGAACAAAUGGCUAUUGUUUUGGGUUAUGUCGAUAGUCUUGGCUUUGUGAAAGAAAUAUUCAUAGGACUAGUACAUGUGAAGGAUACAUCCUCUUUGACACUAAAAAACGCCAUAAAUGAAGUACUUACAAGUAAUAAGUUGAGUUUUAGUAAGUUGUUUGCGGAUGUUCUUGUAGUUUUAGAUUUUGUGAAAGAGGAGGGAGGGUCAUUGGCAAACCGUCAACAAGUAUCUGGAAUCUUAACAUAUUUUCAAUCAUAUGAGUUUGUGUUUUACUUACAUAUGAUGUAUGACAUUUUACACCUCACGGGUACAUUGUCAAAGCAACUUCAAAGAAAAGAUCUAGAUAUUUUAGAAGCGGCUUCGAUGGUUAGAGGGACAAUGGAGGCAUUUCAAUCUUUUAGAAACACAGGGUUUGCUAUCAUUUUGCCAAAAGUAUCCUCCUUUUGUCAAACACACAAAAUUGAUACUUUAGAUAUGGAAGAGUUGUAG